AUGCUGCUGAAAGCUGUGAACUUGAAGUUCUCUGAGGAGAAAGUCUUACCCAAAUCAAAUGUUAAAAUGCAUCUCCAAGCCAAUAGUGGCUCCUCUUGCGCACUGCGUGCCGUCGACAAGAGUGUGGUUCUAAUGAAGCCAGAGGAUGAGCUGACCGAGAGCAAGUUUCAGAAUCUUGUCAAGGCCCAGACCACGUACAUACGAUCGGACUCGCUGGAUUACAAUAUGUGUAACAAACCGCAGCCUCGGGAACAGGACACGGAUGAAGUCUUUGGUAUGGUUACCCGGUGGGAUCCCUGGUGGUGGCAUUCCUACCCCGAGAAAAAGAAGGACAUUCAGAAUAUCAUUCAGGUGAGUGGAGACUGUAGAUUCUAUAAGAGAGAUUCUUCCAUUCUGCUCCACCAUUGUGUUCAGGAGUGUACGGUGCGGCGGUCUGGUGUACGGUACGGGGGUCUGGUGUACGGUGUUGAAAUGAAUUCACUUCUGGAAAACAUUGCCAAGGCCACGAUUGAAGUAUUCCAGCAAUCUGCAGAGAAUGUGUGCGCGGCUCCUGCCACCAAUCCUCCCGCUAACAACAAUGCUCCGACCAGCAACUCCUCUUCUCUUCUGUUCAGUGCAUUGGAGAGGUCCGGAGUGUGGCUGGUGGCCCCUCUGAUUGCCAAGCUGCCCACAUCCGUCCAAGGCCACGUGCUGAAGGCGGCCGGUGAGGAGCUGGAAAAAGGACAACACCUCGGCUCGUCUUCACGCAAGGAGCGGGACCGCCAGAAGCAGAAGAGCAUGUCUUUGCUCAGCCAGCAACCAUUUCUGUCUCUGGUACUGACUUGUUUAAAGGGACAAGAUGAGCAGAGGGAGGGGCUGCUGGCAUCUCUUCAUGCUCAAGUACAGCAGAUUGUCAGUAACUGGCGAGAAGACCAAUAUCAGGAUGACUGUAAGACCCCGCAGCUGCUGCAUGAAGUGUUGAAGCUCCGGCUGAACCUGGUGGGGGGCAUGUUUGACACCGUCCAGCGGAGCACCCAGCAGACCACCGAAUGGGCCGUACUACUUCUGGAUAUCAUCAGCAGCGGCACUGUGGACAUGCAAUCUAACAACGAGCUCUUCACCACAGUGCUGGACAUGCUGAGUGUGCUGAUCAAUGGGACCCUGGCGGCUGAUAUGUCCAGCAUUUCCCAGGGCAGCAUGGAGGAGAACAAGAGAGCGUACAUGAACCUGGUGAAGAAGCUUCGGAAGGAGUUGGGGGACCGGCAGUCGGAAAGUCUGGAGAAAGUGCGCCAGUUGUUGCCGCUACCAAAGCAGAUGAGAGACGUGAUCACAUGUGAGCCGCAGGGAUCUCUGAUCGACACCAAAGGAAACAAGAUUGCCGGCUUUGACUCCAUCUUCAAGAAAGAGGGGCUUCAAGUCUCCACCAAGCAAAAGAUUUCCCCUUGGGACCUGUUUGAAGGAUUGAAGCAGUCGGCUCCUCUGUCCUGGGGCUGGUUUGGGACGGUGCGCGUGGACAGGCGCGUGUCUCGGUUGGAGGAGCAGCAACGUUUACUUCUGUACCACACUCACCUCAAGCCGAAGGCGCGCACCUACUACCUGGAGCCCCUCUCCCUCCCGCCGGAGGACGAGGAGCCGCCCACCCCCACAAGCAGCGAGCCAGACAAGAAACUGAGCGAGCCGCUGAAGGUGGAGAAAAGUGCAACGGGCUGCACCGGCGGCAACGAAGACCGCAAAAAGCCGAGCAAGAAAAAGAAAAGCCGAGCGGCAGCAAACAAGGGCGAGGAUUUCGGACUCGGCGCAGGACGUCCCAUCCCGUAUCAGAUGGGAGUUCCCACCGACCUGCUGCAUCAGCAAGGGGCGCCCACCAUGUCACGCCUUCCAUAUGGAGCACAGAGUGUGUAUGCCCAGAACCAGCCCCUGCCGCCCGGUGGUCCCCGGCUGGAUACAUACCGACCGCCUCGGAUGAAUAUGGUGAAGGUGGUCCCGACUCGGCCUCCCUAUGGAGGUGUACCACCAGGCGUAGGAGGGAUGAUUGAAUCCUAUAAGCCCAUGUUGUACCGGCAGCAGCAGCAGCAGCAGCAGCAGCAGCCUCCGAUCCCUCAAGGACAGCUACUGAGGCAGCACCUGCAGGCCAAGCUGACGCAGGGAAUGAUGGGCCAGCCUGUCCGACAGAUGACGCCCACAGCUCCGUACGGCUCUAUGACGCCCUCCCAGGGUUAUACAACAUACACUUCCCACGUGGCCAUGCAGCAGCACCCUCCUCCAUCUCAGGGUGGCGGUCUGGUGCCGCCUGCUUACGGCGCCCAAUCGUACGGCGGUUCCCUCCCGCCUUCAGGCGGAACCCUCCUGGACCCCGUGCGUCAGAUGCAGCAGCGGCCGAGCGGCUAUGUCCACCAACAAGCGUCGGGUUACGCCCACAACCCGCAGACCGGACAGAGAUUCCAGCACCAACAGAUGCCGCAGGCCAGCAUGAUGUCCGGGAUGGGUCACAUGACCGCGCAGACAGUACAAGCUGCGGUACGGCCCACUCAGAUGUUACCAGAACAGCAGCAGCAGCAGCAGCAGUAUCUGAGGCAGCAGCAGAUGUUACGGCAGCAACAGCAGCAGCAGCAGCAGCAACAACAGCAGCAGCAACAACAGCAGCAGCAGCAACAACAACAACAGCAACAACAACAACAACAACAACAACAGCAGCAACAGCAGCAGCAGCAACAACAGCAGCAGCAACAACAAGCACCUCCACAGCCGCAGGCUCCGCCACAGCCACCACCUCAGCAAUUUCAGAGACAAGGCCUCCAGCAGACUCAGCAGCAGCAACAGACGGCGGCUCUCGUGCGACAGCUACAGCAGCAAUUAUCCAACACACAACCACAGCAAGCUUCCAAUAUGUUUGGACGAUUCUGAUCUCUGAUUGGACCCUAUGGGUGAAAAGGCCGUUUCUGCGCCCCACCCCCGAGCCGGGAGACACGAAUGAGGAUC